CUCUCCUCAGAAAUCCGUGAGCUGUUCCGCAUCUUCGACAAGAAUCAUGACAACACAAUCUCCAGCUCGGAGCUGGGCAAAAUGCUGCGGUGUAUGGGCAUGGAGGUGUCCGAGGCUGAGGUGGCAACCAUCAUGAAGGAGCUGGACAAGAAUGGAAACGGCAAAAUUGAGUACCGAGAGUUCAAGGCCUUUAUGCAGGAGGAGAUGAGGAGAUCAGAGGAGAGCCCCCAGGAGCAGGAGAGAGCUAUACGUAUGGCUUUUAAG